CGCCUCCUAACUGCUCUGCUAAGUGAUGUCAAUGUCCUCGUCCCUAUGCCGUGGACUUUGCCUCCUUUUCAUCAGCCAUGAAUGCUCGCAGAGAGGGGAUUAACUUCCUCACUCCGAAUCCCUUCAACGUGCAGCGCAGCAACUAUGAAACAGUACUGCAGCAACUGCAGGGCAAUCCAUCCUUAGUUGCCUCUAUAUUAGUGACGCUCAUCACUCUGUAUUUUACCAUCAGCUAUUGGGGUCCAGCUUCGUUGUCGGUGGCUCGGAUAGCCUGGAAUAUACUUGUCCAUUUGACACCUUCUCGACUGAUUGCCGCCCUGGAUUACCAGACACGGAAUUCCGAUACGACCGACGAGAACCCUCUUUCGAUGACCUUUGAGGCCAAGAGUGAAGCGAUGCAACGGAUACUCGGCCUUGACGAUACCUCCUUCUCCUCCCUCUUCCCUCGCGCUCCGGCUUUCUCGAGUUUCGGGACCUCUCUCUUAAGCAGCAAGAACAACGUACCGCCAGGGCUCGGAAACUGGGAUAAUUCGUGCUAUCAGAAUAGCAUCAUACAAGGACUGGCAUCUCUCCAGUCGUUAGAGAAGUUUCUGGAUCAGAAUGUUGAGCAGCUAGGAGAAAAAGCCCUUAUGUCCACGCAUCAAGCUUUGAAGGAUAUCAUAGAGCGACUCAAUAGCGCAGACAGCAAUGGCCAACGUCUGUGGACCCCGGCGGAUCUCAAAUCGAUGAGCAGCUGGCAGCAGCAGGAUGCACAGGAGUACUUCUCGAAGAUUGUUGAUCAGUUGGAUCUGGAGGUCCAGCAGGCGACUCGGCGACACACGCGCAACUUGGGCCUGAAGAUGGCAGGACCGCAGGAGCAUGUGAUUGGGUCUGGUUCAUCACAGGAGCUACAAGAAAACAGUGGGGCGGAGUCACGGUCAACUGGUAACCAGGUCUUUCGGAAUCCGUUGGAAGGUCUUCUUGCGCAAAGAGUUGGCUGCAUCCAGUGUGGUUGGACCGAAGGGCUCUCGCUCAUUCCCUUCAACUGCUUGACUGUCCCGCUCGGUCCAAAGUUUGAGUACGACAUCCGAGAGUGUCUCCAUCAUUACAUGCAUUUGGAGCCCAUUGAGGGAGUGGAAUGCGCAAAGUGCACCUUGUUGCGGGUACAGUCUCAGCUAUUGAACCUGCUGAGGCAAAUCAGCGAUGAUGAGGAGACUCCGAGUGCUACUCCGGAAUCACCAAAAAUAUCAGAUGCGCUUCGAAGCUCCGCACAGGAACGCUUACAGGCCGUUGAGCAAGCGUUGGGAGAGGAGGACUUUGCAGAGAAGACGCUCUCUCAGAAAUGCCAUAUUCCCGGAAAAAAUCGAGUGUCGACGACCAAGUCAAGACAGGCCGUGGUUGCCAGGCCCCCACAGUGCCUAGUAAUUCACAUCAACCGCAGCAUGUUCGACGAAACUACAGGAAUGCUCCGGAAGAAUUACGCAGCCGUCAAGUUUCCCAAUGCCCUCAACUUGAACCCAUGGUGCUUGGGCGGAGUUUCCAAAAAUGGGGAGCCAAAUCUUGAAGCCUGGGAGACCAAUCCCAGCGUAUCCAUGCUCUCGCAUGCAGGAAGAGGCGCAACUGCAGGCGGUCACUAUCAGUUGCGUGCUGUGAUCACUCAUUACGGCCGUCAUGAGAAUGGCCAUUACAUAUGUUACAGAAAAUAUCCGACCGACAGUUUUCCGGCCCACGUCCCGGACGCAAUUAUCGAGGCAGAUGGAGACAAGGAGAGAGACGAGCGUUGGUACAGGCUAAGCGACGAAGACGUGCAGAUGGUCAGCGAAGCGAGCGUCAUGUCUCAGGGCGGCGCCUUCAUGCUCUUCUACGAGGCAGUUGACGACUACUCCCCGGAGGCUGCAGAGGACGUGGACUCUGGCUUGGCGGAAGAGGAGGGUUCAGCGCCUUCUUCUAGCUGCACGCCAUCGGAGACCAUGUCCACAACAUCUGUUGCCACAGGAGACUCCACAUCCGAUGUAUCGCAAGCGACCAGCGUCUCCACGGCGUUAAAUGUUGAACCUUGGUCUGAGAAGUCCCUGCUUAUGUCCGACGUUGACUGA